CGCUGUUAGAAGUUUGCUGGAAGUAUCGUGCGUGUGGUUGCAAUGUCAGCCAACAUUCCGCAAGGAUCUCCAUAUAUGUCUACACCGUCACACAUAAAUGGGGCUCUAAGCUUGGAGCCAAUGGAGCAUAUUCAGAGACCGGAUUUGAGCAAGUUAAAAGACAGAAUAAUCUCCAUAGCCCCAAAGCAGAUAGUACUAAAUCAAGAAGCCUUAUUAUUUAGCCAUGACACAAAGGCACGAGCUAAAACGAGAAAAAGACAACAGACUGUUAAACUGGAACCCCUGCCUGUAUUGAAAACAUAUCAGGAACAAAAUCAACCUGAAUAUAUAUACCAAAAGAACAAAGAAGAUCUGAUAAGUCGAGGUGUACUUGUACGCCCACCUUCUGCAGAGAAGAAACUCCGAGCUGUAUCAUCCACUGUAAGACUUCCUGACCUUCCCGAUGAUUUAAAAGAAAAGCAGUUACAGAUGGACUUUAGUAGGACCAUAUCUCCUACUCCACCAAAGCAGCCAAGGACAACUCUUUCAAGACCUAGCUCUUCUAAACGAGUCCCCUCCCCUCCAUCUAGUGUGUUUGAGAGUGCAGAAGACAUCAUAAAGGCAGACAUUAAAGACCCUCUGCAGAUCAUCGACAUACUACUGGGAAAUAAGAAGCUGGGCUUUCUUUAUAUGACUCCUGCUGUCCCCAAGUCUUCAGUUGAAUAUGAUCCAUAUAACCUGAGAAUUGUCAGCCAUGAAAACAUCAACAAACACGACUACUACACCAUAAGUGACAGAGGAGUAACCCAUAUAUGUAAUGGAGAUGUAUUAUUCUCAGAGCUGGAGCGCUGGAAGCAGGAAUACCUUUACCAUAAAGCACUCAAGAAGAUUCCUACCUUUGCUCUCUUCAGAAAGUGGAAAGCAUUCACUGUAUGGAGAAAAAAUGUGCGAGCCAAGAAAAUCUGUGAAUGUCGCAAGGCCCUGCAGGAGAACCUGUUCAUUGUGAAUUCAUAUCUGCGCCCUGCUCUCCUAAAUGUACAAGAAAUGUGUUACCGAAUCAGUGACAUGGGUCUGUGUCGCAUUGAGAAGGGGUACACAUAUACCUUAAAAGAGUUUACACACAUUCAAUUUAAACAGCUAGAGGAGGUUGCCAGCCAUCUAUCUGAGUUCCGUGACCUGGCUAAAGAAGUUGUCAGAAGUGCUAGUAGAACCGCUUUAUUGGAGGCCGGGUUUACACCAGAUGACUACAUGAAUGAUUCAGAGAAUCCAGGCCUGAUACCUACACUACCAGGACCAGCAGCUACUGAUAUGAUGACACUCUCUCAUUUUGAUGGAGACAUUUUUGGAGAAUCUUCUGAUAAAAUGACUUACACGGAGCAAGCCAAUAAGAGGGCACAUUGCAGACGGCUGACAUGCUUUAUUCGACUUGCUGAUUACUUGAUAGUGAACACCAUGCAUGUUUUGGCUGUUAAUUCAGUCUCAUACUUGUUGAAGUACCUGGUAGAAAAACUGAAAUGCACACCAGCUCAUGAGAUAAUAACGACCUGGAAUACUGAAGUUAAGCAAGACGCUACAGAUAAAAAGCCCGCGGUGCCUGCUUCACUAUCCAGUGCUCCUGCUGAAGAAGAAAUGGUGCCAAUGUUCCUGUCAGAGAUAAUUCUUGAUAUUCAGUCAUUAUGGUUCGAGCCUUCAAUGGAAGAUUUUCAGGACAAUAUUUCUGCAGUGGUUAACCAGUUCCAAGAAACGGUUUUGUCGUUGGCCAACCUUGUCCCAGACCCUUAUUUUGAUGCCUUUACUCAGCCCACUAUUAACAACAAGCUGGAGGAGAAGACUUGUGGAGAAGGACCAAGUCUGAGUACAAUGUUUGAAGAUGACAAGCAUUUACAGUCUCUAGUUUUUCAAGUAAAAGAAGCCAUACAGUCAGCGUUUAAUACAGCCAGUGUAUAUGCUGGAACAUUUGAAAGGUUUCGCUUGUUCUUCAAAGAAAAUGAAAGUCUGGAUUUGGAAGCAUUGAAAGAAGAGGACCAUGGGGUUGAUUUCUUUUCUGAGCAGUUACAGAAAUACCACAAAGAACACAAAGAUGCUAUGGCAAUCAUACAGAAAAUAAAUCUAGGAUUACUUCUAAUAGAUUCCAAAAAAUUAAAAGAGAAAUUAAUACCAUCACCAAAAAGAUGCUUGGAGGCAAUAAAUGAAAUUCUACCACUUCUUGCUAAGAAAAAGAUGGAUGCCAUCAUAGCAGAGGCUCAAGAUGCCCAAUUUAAGCUUGAAUUUUAUCCAACCACAACUUUGGAUUAUGUAAAUACUUUAAUAUUCUUGGAUGAGAUUCAAGAACGGAUUGAUGUUCUUGAAGAUGAGUCCAAUGUGGUUGCACAGAUGUAUCAACUAAUUGACAGCUAUAACGUGCCUACACCUCCAGAGGAUUUUGCAGUGUUUGCUACUCUGAAGCCUUCAAUAUUGGCUGUGCGAAAUACCAUUGACAAGUCCGUAGGAGAGAGAGAUAGCAGCAUAGAGAAAUUUUGUCGGUCCUUGGACAAAGACAUCACAGAGCUGAACAAGGAAGUAAAAGAUGUCAAGCAGCAAUCUCAGGAUCCACAAAUUCUGGAUAUUGGUGCUGAUCAAACUAAAGUUAGACAAAUCCUGGCAGACUUGCAGAUCAUCAUCGAUGAGUUACAGAAACGUGCAUUCCAGUACAAAACAUAUCAGAAGAAUUUCAAGGUUGAAGUGACAAAGUUUGAUGAACUGGAAGAAGUCAGUGCCGAAUUAAAACUAAAGCAGCUUUUGUGGGAUUCAAUGACAGAGUGGGACGUGCUGCUAGCUGAAUGGAUGCAGUCCAAAUUUGAAACAUUGGAUCCAGAGCUGCUGAAUUCCUUAGUUCUUAAAUAUGCCAAAUUUGUAAAUCAGCUGGAGAAAGGACUUCCGCCAAAUACUGUAGUGCCGUGUCUCAAAGAUAAGGUGGAUAAGAUGAAAGAAAAGGUACCUGUCAUAACAGAUCUAAGGAAUCAAUUUUUGAAGCCCAGGCAUUGGGCGACCCUGGAACAAACGAUUAAUGCAACAUUGAUAGACACAGAGAAUCCCCUCUCCCUAGAAAAGCUGAUUGAGAUUCAGGCAUUUGAAUAUGUACAGGAUAUUCAGGAUAUAUCAGGACAGGCCUCAGGAGAAGCUUCAUUAGAGACUAUACUCAAAAAGGUGGAGGAUUCCUGGAAAACCACUGAAUUCACUUCUAUUCCACACCGCGAUUCUAAAGAUGUGUUCAUUCUUGGUGGAACAGAUGAUAUCCAGGUUCUACUUGAUGACAGCACUAUAAACAUAUCAACCAUUGCAUCUUCUCGCUAUGUUGGACCCAUCAAGCCUCGUGUUGAUGAAUGGCAGAAGAACCUUGCCUUGUUUAAUCAAACUCUUGAUGAGUGGCUGACUUGUCAAAGAAACUGGCUGUAUUUGGAAAGUAUUUUCAGUGCUCCUGAUAUUCCAAGGCAGCUACCAGCCGAAGCCAAGAUGUUUUUACAAGUGGACAAAUCCUGGAAGGAGAUCAUGAGAAAAGUGAAUCGUUUACCUAAUGCCCUUAGAGCAGCCACCCAACCUGGUCUUCUGGAGACAUUUCAGAAUAACAAUGCACUACUUGAUCAAAUUCAAAAAUGCCUGGAGGCUUACUUGGAAUCGAAACGCGUUGUAUUUCCAAGAUUUUACUUCUUGUCCAAUGAUGAACUUCUGGAAAUACUUGCUCAAACGCGUAACCCUCAAGCAGUUCAGCCUCACCUACGGAAGUGCUUUGACUCAAUCGCUAAACUUGAGUUUGCCACCGUGGCUUCUGGUGGAGAUCAGGAGAAGGUUUUCACAAAUGAUAUCCUUGCCAUGCUUUCACCUGAAGGAGAGAGGGUGAGCUUGGGUAAAGGAUUGAAAGCGAGAGGAAAUGUUGAAGACUGGCUGGGCAAGGUGGAAGAAGCAAUGUACAGUUCUCUGAAACGUCUCAGCAAAGCUGCCAUAGCGGAUUACCAAAAUAAAAGUAGAGUUGAAUGGGUAGUUGCAGGACAUCCUUCUCAGGUGGUGUUGACAAUUUCCCAACUCAUGUGGUGCAGAGAUCUAACUCAAUGCCUUGAAGGAGAAGCAGGGGAAAACCUGAAUUCUAUGGCAGAGUUUGAAAAAGUUAGUUUUGAGAGACUGAAUGCUUUAGCUGGGCUUGUCCGAGGGCAGCUUCCUGCUUUGCAUAGAAAUAUCAUAACGGCUUUGAUAACAAUUGAUGUUCAUGCAAGGGAUAUCGUCAGUGACCUUGUAAAGGACCAGGUUAACAGCAUUGACAGUUUUGAAUGGCAGAGACAACUGCGCUAUUAUUGGGACCUAGAUAUUGACAACUGUGUGGCACGGAUGGCUUUGUCGCAGUAUACAUAUGCUUAUGAAUAUCUUGGUGCUUGUCCUCGACUGGUCAUAACUCCUCUAACUGAUCGAUGUUAUCUGUGCCUUAUGGGUGCUCUACAGCUGGAUCUUGGUGGAGCCCCUGCUGGGCCUGCAGGGACUGGGAAAACUGAGACCACUAAAGACCUUGCUAAAGCAUUAGCUAUACAGUGUGUGGUGUUCAACUGUUCUGAUGGGCUGGACUACAAGAUGAUGGGGCGAUUCUUCAGUGGUUUGGCCCAAUCUGGAGCCUGGUGUUGUUUUGAUGAAUUUAACCGAAUUGACAUUGAAGUGCUUUCCGUAAUUGCCCAGCAGCUAAUUACAAUAAGGAAUGCCAAAGCAGCAAAGUUUUCCAGAUUUAUGUUUGAAGGCAGAGAGAUCAAACUGGUGAUGACAUGUGCAGCAUUUAUUACAAUGAACCCUGGCUAUGCUGGAAGGACUGAGCUGCCAGACAACCUGAAGGCACUUUUCAGGCCAUUCUCAAUGAUGGUGCCAAAUUAUGCUUUGAUCGCUGAGGUCAUUCUGUAUUCUGAAGGUUUUGAGUCAAGUAAAAUUCUGGCUCGCAAGAUGACACAAAUGUAUAAACUUUGUAGUGAGCAGUUAUCACAACAAGACCACUAUGAUUUUGGGAUGAGAGCUGUUAAAUCAGUUUUAGUCAUGGCUGGAUCAUUAAAGAGAGAAAAUCCUGAUUUGAAUGAAGAUGUGGUUCUGAUUCGUGCUUUACGGGACUCAAAUCUGCCAAAGUUCUUAACAGAUGAUGCUGAAUUAUUUAGUGGAAUUAUAUCUGACCUUUUUCCUGGAGUUGUCAUCCCUGAACAUGACUACGGAACCUUACAAUCCACAAUCAUAAACGUAAUGCUAGCACGUGGUCUUCAGCCUGUGUCCACCAUGGUACAAAAAGUCAUUCAGUUCUUUGAGACCAUGAUUGUCAGACAUGGUGUCAUGUUAGUUGGACCCACUGGAGGGGGGAAAACUACUGUUUACCAGAUCCUGGCGGAUGCACUGAUGGCCUUGCAUCAGGCGGGAGAGACACAUCAUUUCUACCAGCCUGUUAAAACAUAUGUCCUGAAUCCAAAAUCCAUCACAAUGGGAGAAUUGUAUGGAGAAGUGAACAAUUUAACCUUGGAAUGGAAGGACGGUUUAAUGGCACUAAGUGUCCGGGCAGCUGUAAAUGACACUUACAAAGACCACAAAUGGAUAGUCUGUGAUGGCCCUGUUGAUGCGUUGUGGAUUGAAAACAUGAAUACUGUCUUGGAUGAUAAUAAGAUGCUUUGCCUGGCAAAUAGUGAGAGGAUCAAGUUCACACCUGAGAUCCAUAUGGUGUUUGAGGUCCAAGAUUUGAAAGUUGCGUCUCCUGCUACCGUAAGCCGGUGUGGAAUGGUUUAUAUUGAUGCUGAGGAGCUUAAAUGGAUGCCCUAUGUUCAAACCUGGAUAGCUGGGCUUCCACCGAAACUGACUGAUGAAAUGAAGCAGUAUAUUUUGGAUCUGUUUGAACGCUAUGUUGAGGAAGGUCUCAAAUUUGUCACCAGAAAAUGCACUCAAGCCAUCUCUCAAGUGGAUAUCAGUAAAGUAACAACACUUUGUUGUCUACUUGAGUCACUACUGCUUGGAAAAGGAGGACCAGACUUGAAAAUGGAGCAGUCAAGACUAAAUAGUAUUAUCUGUCAGACGUUUGUCUUCUGCUAUGUCUGGUCUGUUGGUGGGAAUCUAACCGAAAAUCAUUGGGAUGCUUUUGAUACUUUUGUCAGACAACAGUUUGAAGACAACCCUGAAGCCAAGCUCCCAACCUCUGGUGACCUGUGGAGCGUCUAUAUGGAUUAUGAUACAAAGCGUCUGGAUCCAUGGGAGAGAAUUAUUCCUUCCUUUAAGUAUAACAACGAUGUACCAUUUUUUGAAAUGCUGGUCCCAACAACCGACACAGUGCGCUAUGGAUAUCUUAUGGAAAAGCUGCUGGCGGUAAAACACUCUGUGCUGUUUACUGGCACCACAGGCGUUGGCAAGUCUGUUGUAGCUCGAGAAUUGCUAAACAGAAUACAAGAAGACGCCGGCUAUGUUUCUGUCUAUAUAAACUUCUCAGCACAGACUUCCUCUGCACGGACACAGGAAAUAAUAGAGUCAAAAUUGGAAAAGAAGCGGAAGACCAUCCUGGGCGCUCCUGGGAACAAGAGAGUCAUCAUAUUUGUGGAUGAUUUAAAUAUGCCAAAGCUCGAUCGAUAUGGAUCACAACCUCCCAUUGAAUUACUGCGACAGUACCAAGAUUUCAAAGGAUUUUAUGACAGAGAAAAAAUGUUUUGGAAAGAAAUUCAGGAUGUAACUAUCGCAGCUGCUUGUGCUCCUCCAGGUGGGGGUCGGAAUCCAGUGACUCCACGCUUUUUACGACACUUCAGCAUGUUGUGCCUGCCAACACCCUCAGAGCACAGCCUCAAACAGAUUUUUCAGGCAAUCCUAAACGGCUUUUUGAUGGAUUUUCCUCCAGCUGUAAAACAGAGUGCCACCAAUAUAGUGGAUGCUGCGGUGGAAAUUUACCACAGAAUGAGCAUUGAUCUUCUGCCAACGCCUGCAAAAUCCCAUUAUGUAUUUAACUUACGUGACUUGUCAAAAUGUGUUCAAGGCAUUCUUCAGUGUGAUCCAGGAUCGGUACGUGAUCAAUCGCAAAUUUUCAGAUUGUUUUGUCAUGAGUGUCAAAGAAUCUUUCAUGACCGUCUAAUCAACAGUGAAGACAAGCAGUAUUUCCAUACAAUGCUCUCAGAGAUGUCCAGCAAACAUUUUGGGGUUCAGAUUGAUCCAGAGUACUUUGUAACAAAUCCAAUUAUUUUUGGAGAUUUCAUUAAGGUUGGAGCCGACAAGGCUGAUAGAGUUUAUGAGGACCUUACUGAUAUGGACAAAAUCAGAUCGGUGCUGCAGGACUAUCUCGAUGACUAUAAUUUGACUAACACUAAAGAUGUCAAACUGGUAUUUUUUCAGGAUGCAGUAGAGCAUGUCUCCAGGAUUGCUCGAAUGAUUCGUCAGGAAAGGGGAAAUGCUCUUUUGGUGGGUGUUGGUGGAACAGGCAAGCAGUCUCUUACCAGACUUGCAGCCCAUAUCUGUGGUUAUAAGUGCUUCCAAAUAGAGCUGAAUCGGGGGUACAAUUAUGAUUCUUUCCAUGAAGAUCUAAGAAAACUGUACAAAAUGGCUGGAGUGGAAGACAAGGACAUGGUUUUUCUCUUUACCGACACACAGAUUGUUGUGGAGGAGUUUUUGGAAGACAUUAACAACAUGCUUAAUUCUGGUGAAGUGCCCAAUUUAUUUGAGAAGGAUGAACUAGAGUUUGUUUUGGCUGCAACGAGACCCAAAGCAAAGGAAGCUGGCAUACCUGAAGGAAACAGAGAUGAGGUAUUUCAGUUUUUUAUCAACCGAGUGCGUCAGAGGCUGCACAUUGUUCUCUGUAUGAGUCCGGUUGGAGAGGCUUUUAGAGCGAGAUGUCGUAUGUUUCCAUCACUUGUCAAUUGCUGCACUAUUGACUGGUUUGUGCAGUGGCCUAGAGAAGCGCUGCUGUCAGUUUCACAAACGUUUUUCACCAACAUUGACCUUGGCCGGGAAGAGAUGAAGGAGAGACUUUCAGAAAUGUGUGUAGAGAUUCACGUGAGCGUUACAGAUAUGGCCGACCGCUACUAUGCAGAACUCAGGAGACGAUACUAUACAACUCCCACCUCAUAUUUAGAGUUAAUUAACCUUUACCUAUCUAUGCUAGGUGAAAAACGGAAACAGCUGGUUACAGCUCGUGACCGUGUAAAGAAUGGGUUAAGCAAAUUACUGGAAACUAACAACCUUGUUGAUAAAAUGAAGAUUGAACUGUCUGCUUUGGAGCCAGUACUGAAACAGAAGUCCAUAGAUGUGGAUGCCUUAAUGGAGAAAUUGUCAGUAGAUCAGGAAAAUGCAGAUCAGGUGCGGCGCAUUGUGAAAGAGGAUGAGGCCGUUGCAAAAGUUAAAGCAGAAGAAACUCAGGCAAUUGCUGAUGAUGCCCAAAGAGACCUUGAUGAGGCAAUGCCCGCUUUAGAUGCUGCAAAUAAAGCUUUGGACUCCUUGGAUAAAGCAGACAUAUCUGAAAUCAGAGUUUUUACUAACCCACCAGAUUUGGUUAUGACAGUUAUGGAAGCCAUAAGUAUUCUAUUAAAUGCCAAGCCAGACUGGACCACUGCAAAACAACUGCUGGGAGACUCUAAUUUCCUAAAAAGGCUUAUGGAAUAUGAUAAGGAAAACAUAAAGCCUCAAAUUCUGCUGAAACUUCAUAAAUAUAUUUCCAACCCAAACUUUAUACCAGAGAAAGUGGAAAAAGUUUCUAAAGCAUGCCGGUCCAUGUGUAUGUGGGUUAGAGCCAUGGAUCUCUAUUCCAGAGUGGUAAAAGAAGUUGAACCAAAGAAACAAAAACUGGCAGCUGCACAGGUUGAGCUUGAUGCUACUGUGGCCACUCUUCGAGAGAAGCAAAGAAAAUUGAAAGACGUAGAAGAACAAAUUAAACAGUUGCAGGAUCAAUAUGAUAAAAGCCUUGGAGAAAAGGAAACCCUUGCUAAAACAAUGGCCCUUACACAAGCACGACUUAACAGGGCAGGAAAACUGACGGCAGCACUAGGUGAUGAACAGGUUCGGUGGAAAGAAAGCAUUGAAAAUUUUGAAGAAGAGAUCUCAAAUGUUAUAGGAAAUGUUUUCAUUGCUGCCGCAUGUGUUGCCUAUUUUGGUGCCUUUACUGCUGUGUAUAGACAACUGCUUAUAGACUGUUGGAUUAAAAAGUGCCAAGAACUUGAAAUUCCUAUAAGUCCAAAUUUCAGCCUUAUAAACAUCUUGGGUGAUGCCUAUGAAAUUCGCCAGUGGAAUACAGAUGGCUUACCUCGAGAUCAUGUCUCAACUGAAAAUGGUAUCCUUGUGACUCGCGGAAGACGCUGGCCCUUAAUGAUCGACCCACAAGAUCAGGCCAACCGAUGGAUAAGAAAUAAAGAAACCAAGAAUGGCUUGAAAGUCAUUAAGCUGACAGAUGCUGGAUUCCUUCGGACUUUGGAGAAUGCAAUCAGGCUUGGUCUGCCUGUUCUAUUAGAAGAACUGAAGGAAAGCUUAGAUCCUGCUCUGGAGCCAAUUCUUCUGAAGCAGACCUUCGUGUCAGGUGGAAGGACGCUAAUUCGCCUUGGAGACUCUGACAUUGAUUAUGACAAGAAUUUUAGGUUCUAUAUGACAACUAAAAUGCCAAAUCCACACUAUCUUCCUGAGGUAUGCAUCAAAGUUACUAUAAUUAAUUUCACCGUGACCAGAUCUGGCCUCGAGGAUCAACUGCUCAGUGAUGUUGUACGAAUUGAGAGACCAGAUCUAGAGGAGCAAAGGAACCAACUUAUUAUUCGAAUUAAUUCUGACAAAAAUCAGCUAAAAGCAAUAGAAGAGCGAAUCUUAAAGUUGCUGUUCACAUCGGAAGGAAAUAUCCUGGAUAAUGAAGAACUUAUCAAUACACUGCAGGAAUCUAAGAUAACUUCAGGAGCCAUUAAAACUAGACUAGAAGAAGCCGAAGCCACAGAACAAAAGAUAAACACAGCUCGAGAGAAGUACAGGACAGUUGCCACCCAGGGAUCCGUCAUCUACUUUGUCAUUGCCAGUCUCUCAGAAAUAGAUUCAAUGUAUCAAUUCUCAUUGAAGUACUUCAAACAAUUGUUUAACACAACAAUUGAGACUGCUGAGAAGAAUAACGAUCUUGACAUUCGCCUGGCAACCUUGCUCGCCCAAACUCUUUUCACAUCUUACACAAAUGUUUCACGAGGUCUCUUUGAACAGCACAAGCUUAUCUACAGUUUUAUGCUCUGUAUAGAGAUCAUGCGACAGAAAGGAGAAAUCACUGACUCAGAAUGGAAUUUCUUCCUCCGAGGGGCUGCAGGCUUAGAUAAGGAGCGCCCACCUAAACCAGAUGUUCCCUGGCUUAAUGAUGUUCUUUGGAAUAGUUGUUGUGACCUUGAAGAGGUACUUCCAUGUUUCAAAGGAAUAAAAGUAGAUAUAUUAUCUGCUCCAAUUGUUAUCCAUUUAGGCGCUCUUGAAGUUCAGAUUAACCCCAGUACAUGGAAUGGCUAUAACUUACAGACAUCUACUGAUGGGACAUGGGACAAGAAGAUCAACUUAUUUCAGAAGUUGAUUCUUGUUAAAAGUGCGAUGGAAGAGAAGGUUGUCUUCGGUAUCACAGAAUUUGUGAUCAAUAAUUUGGGAAAAAAAUUCAUCGAGAACCCACCAGUCGAUCUUGCCACACUUUAUCAAGACAUGUCACCCUCUACACCAUUAAUCUUUAUAUUAAGCACUGGAUCAGACCCAAUGGGAGCAUUUCAAAGAUUUGCAAAAGAAAAGGGAUACCUAGAACGGGUGCAGUCAAUUUCUCUUGGACAAGGACAGGGGCCAAUAGCAGAGAGCAUGAUAAAAGAUGCUAUGAAGAGUGGAAACUGGGUGUUUCUGCAAAAUUGCCAUCUGGCCGUGUCAUGGAUGUUGCCCAUGGAAGAACUUAUAAAAAGCUUUACAGAACCAAAUGUUUCUAUAAAUGACAACUUCAGACUGUUUUUAAGCUCAAUGCCAAGCAGAACAUUCCCUGUGACAGUUCUCCAGAAUUCUGUAAAGGUUACUAAUGAGCCUCCGAAAGGUCUUCGUGCUAAUAUCCGUCGCGCAUUUACAGAAAUUACUCCUACAUUCUUUGAAGAGCAUCUACUUGGCAGGAAAUGGAGGAAAGUUAUUUUUGGAAUUUGCUUUUUCCAUGCCAUCAUUCAGGAGAGGAAGAAGUUUGGACCAUUAGGUUGGAACAUCUGCUAUGAAUUUAAUGAUAGUGACAGAGAAUGCGCAUUACUGAAUUUGAACCUAUACUGUCAAGAAGGAAAAAUACCAUGGGAUGCACUUACCUACAUAACAGGGGAAAUAACAUAUGGAGGUAGAGUAACUGAUGCAUGGGACCAAAGAUGUUUGAGAACAAUUCUAAGAAGGUUCUUUUCUCCUGAGACCCUUGAAGACAACUAUGUUUAUUCUAGCUCAGGUAUAUAUUUCAGUCCAGAUGCUGACAGUCUGCAGGAUUACAAGGACUACAUAGAAAAUCUGCCCUUGACCGAUGAUCCGGAAAUAUUUGGAAUGCAUGAAAAUGCCAAUUUAGCUUUCCAGCGCAAAGAAACAAGCACUUUGAUCUCUACAAUAUUGGACGUGCAGCCGAGGUCUACAUCACAAGGGGCAGGAAAAAGUAAUGAUGAGAUUGUUAGUGAACUGGCUUCCUCAAUCCUGUCAAAGUUACCAGACAAACUGGACAUGGAGAUUGCAUCAGAGGUGCUGUUUGCUAAAGACUCUAAAGGGCGAGUAAGUUCAUUGACUACAGUACUUGGGCAAGAAGUGGACAGAUUUAAUAAUCUACUCAAAGUUCUUAAGAAUUCUCUAGAGACCCUUAAUAAAGCUAUUGCUGGGUUUGUGGUUAUGUCUGAGGAAAUGGAGAGAAUAUACAAAAGUUUCUUGAACAAUCAGGUUCCCACACUGUGGAGUGAUGCUGCUUACCCAUCCCUAAAACCCCUUGGAUCAUGGGUCAAAGAUCUACUUCUGCGGACAUCAUUUAUUGAUGCAUGGAUUCGCCAAGGUCAGCCAAAGUCAUUCUGGAUUUCAGGAUUCUUUUUUCCUCAAGGUUUUCUCACAGGGGUUCUUCAGAAUCACGCCAGGAAAUAUAACUUGCCAAUAGAUGAACUUAGCUUCCACUACAGUGUUCUUCCAUGUUAUCGAGACCAAGCAGCUGUCAUUGAAGCAAUAAAAACCAUGAAGUUCGGAGAAGAGUUGCCCAUGGAUAAAGAGUUACCUACUCCUGAAGAUGGCGUGUUUGUGCAUGGGAUGUUCAUGGAUGCCAGUCGCUGGAAUGAUGAAAAAAUGGUGAUAGAAGAUGCAUUGCCUAGGCAGAUGAAUUCAAUGUUGCCUGUCGUACACUUUGAGCCCCGACGGAAUUAUCAUCCCAGUCCUAUGUUAUACCAAGCACCUCUUUAUAAAACUGGAGCCAGGGCUGGCACACUAUCCACCACAGGUCACUCCACUAACUUUGUGGUUACAGUGUUUCUACCUUCAGAAAGACCCAGCGAUUAUUGGAUAUCAAAGGGCGCAGCAUUGCUUUGCCAGCUAAAUGACUAAUUUCUAAGCCAAAUAAAUAUACGUCUUUACAUGUAAUGUGCCAAAUCAAUCUGUAUAUGUUGAUAAAAUAUGUUCAUAAAAUAUCUGCUGUAUGUGACUGUGAUUUUCCUUUGUUUCUUGGGAACAUGGCUGUACUGGGAAAUACACAGUGAGGGAGAUUUAUUAUGAGAGGAACUUUGAAAGUCAGUUUUGAAGGAGUCUGCGUUGCCAUACUCUAAUUUGCACCAAAUUUAAUAAAUGUUGC